AGGCUGCUCAGUAACUUACUAGGAAACCAGGGGCGGUGGGCGCGCGCUUGGAAGGCUGCAGGCGCCAUGGGCAGAGUGAGGAACGGCGCCAGCACCCAGCCGCGGGGGCGAAAGCGUCCCGGGGAUCCCGCCACCGCCUGUGCAGCCAUCCCGGUCAUGGGCGCCCGGCGCCCCCCUUUCCAAGUCCGCGUGGGGAGCCACGCGGCGGGAAGGAAGUCAGCGGCGGCCAGGCGGGAUCCCGCAAGGUUGCGGCGGAAGCGCUGGUGGCGGCGGACCCGGGAGGCAGGCUCCAAAGGCCCGCUGCGAUCCCCGAAGCCCCCGGCGCCCGCCGUGUCCUCUGGCGAGAUGGACCUGGGCGCGCAGCGGGAGCGCUGGGAGACGUUCAGGAAGCGGCGGGGCCUCAGCUGCGAGGGCGCCGCCAAGUUCCUGCUGGACACCUUCGAGUACCCAGGCCUGGUGUAUCACACCGGAGGCUGCCACUGCGGCGCGGUCCGCUUCGCCGUCUGGGCCCCCGCAGACCUGCGCGUGGUGGAUUGCAGCUGCAGGCUGUGCAGGAAGAAGCAGCACCGACACUUCCUCGUCCCGGCCUCGCGCUUCACUCUCCUGCUGGGCGCCGAGAGCAUCGUCACCUAUCGAUCCCACGCGCACCCGGCGCUGCACAGCUUCUGCAGCAGGUGCGGGGUGCAGAGUUUCCACGCCUCUGUCUCUGACCCCGGCGUGUAUGGCGUCGCCCCGCACUGCCUGGACGCCGGCACCGUGCGCAGUGUGGUCAUCGAGGAGGUCGACGGUGGCGACUGGGGGGAGGAGGCCGUGAAGGAGCCCAAGGCCAUCCAGAGCGCGUCCCCCGAGUGAGCCCCUGCCUCUCCUCCCGAAGAGGAGCAGUGACUGGGGCCGCAACACGCCCGAAACAUUCCCCUCCCCCCGCUUCCCCCGAGGGAGCCACCUCAGUGCUUGUGAAGAGAUUGCUGUAUGAAAGAGGUCGGUUUUUGGACUGAUGAACCCGUGAUGUCUCUCCAGGCUUCCACCCCUUCCCUUUCAGUGUUUUGCAACGAACUUGGACUUGCUUAUGAUCAAAAAAACUGAGCACACAUUUGUCUGUCAACAGCCAUAAUCCAAUCCAAUAAGCAAGUAGUGUCUCUACUUUUUCAAGUCGCCUUGUGUAUCCCUGCCUUUUAUUCUUUAUUCUUCGUGUAGUUCUCGUAGAUCAUUUUCAGAUCAUUCAUAUGUACUGUACCGUUACGGUGCUAUUGUGAACGAGAUUGUUUUUAAUGG